AAGGGACGUCACUCUUGUUGUAUUUUGUUUGUUUGCAUUGUAUCUACGCUGACUUUUGAAGCUGUUUGCUGAAUGUCCAUUCCUUAUGACAUAUUCAUAUAAUAUAGCAGGGUAGCAGCCUGUCAGAACUCUGUGAGACAUGACCGAUGCAUCAGAUUUAAAAGUCAGCAAGCAGCUCCUGAAGACUCGCAGUGGAGAAUUUGAUCUUGCAAGCAUACAUUCACUCUUUCUUCGUGAUGUAGGUGUGUGUGACCUUGGCUGCCUGGGUGAGUGUGUUAGUAUGGAGAGACUGGACCUCUCCCACAAUCAUCUGACAGUACUCCACAAGCUAGCUGGCCUCACCACACUCCACACCCUCAACCUGGCCGCCAACACAAUCACUAACUUAGAAGGCUUGCAGUCCUUGGAGCAGCUACAGUCUCUUAACUUAUCAGGAAAUCUCAUAGGCAGGUUUGAGUCGUUGCUGUGUCUAACUGGGCUCGAGAAUCUGCAAGAUUUAUGUCUACAAGACAGAACCAAUAAGCUUACAAACCCAGUGUGUCAACAUGUAAACUACUUGAAGGAGGUGCAAAGGAUGUUCCCUAGACUCACGACCCUAGAUGGUGAACGUUUGCAAGGGAAAGGCAGUGAGUUGUACCAGCUCUGUCGGGAGAUUGACACUCAACUUCAACAAGAGCCGGUCGCCAGUGCCUCGCUGUCCGCACCACAACAUCCGGCUCCUUGGCUACAGCCCAAGGACUGGCAGAUGGCUGAUGACUUUCAAAACUCAAUGCUAUGUGAUGCAGAGGAGCAACUCACAGACCUCCUGGCUAGCUGCAAAAGACUGUCAGAAGAAUCUGAGGAAAAACUUCAUUAUAGUAUGCUUGGAUCUUCAUAGCAUCAACAUAUUUUAUGUAAACAACCACUAUGAUGUCCAAACCCAGAGAGAGUUGAAUAGAAGCCAGGACAGACUUUCAAAUAGACACCAGACUGACUUACUUAGACUUUGUGAGGUGCAGUAAUCAAGCUGUAUAUAGACCUGCCCACAUUUCAAGUUAUUUACUCUUAUUAAGACAAAACUAAACAACAAAGUAAACUGCAACACUGGAUAUCUUGGAACUAUUUUGAAGUUGGAUUAGGCAUGUGUGGGAGAAUGAGGAACAUGGCAAUGUGAGGUCAGUGCUACAUCUUGGAACUGUAAA